AUCGAGCUUGGCCGACCCGACCCGAAGAACGACUAGGGUACAACUACAAGCACAACCUGAGCUUGGUGGACACUAAGCAGGGGAAGCAGGAGCAAAAAUUCUCGACUCAGGUCCAGCUCCCCAGACAGGCCCUCAGGGCGUUUGUUGUUGAUCCUUACUGGAUACCGUACCCCAAUCUCAACCUUUGGUGUACUCGCUACCUGCCCGGUAGAGAGAUUAGCCCGAACCACGAUACCCGGAGGAGUAGAGUGAAACGCUAGAACAACCAGAACAUAGAAAGAAACACCCACUCACCCACACCGCUAUGCCUCUCGAUACUUCAGCAUACAGCCUCGCGCUGUUGCGCGUCGACGGCCGCAGGUGGAACGAGCUGCGUCGCAUUCAUGCCCAGAUCCGCACCCAGGCCGCCGCCGAUGGCUCCAGUUACCUCGAGAUGGGCCACACCAAGGUCAUGUGUGUCAUUAACGGACCCAGCGAGCCCGGCCCUCGGAGGGGAGCCACGUCGGGCGGUGGUGGUGGCGGCGGUCAGUCCAAGAACGCUGAGGUUGCUGUAAACAUUGUCAUUGCCGGGUUUAGCUCGGUUGACCGUAAGCGAAGGGGCAGAGGUGAUAAGCACAUCCUCGAACUUCAAUCGACGAUAUCUCAAGCCCUCGCUGCCAGCUUACACACCCACCUCUUCCCGCACUCCACCAUCAACAUCUCCCUGCACGUGCUCUCGCAAGACGGCUCUUUGCUGGCCGCCCUCAUCAAUGCCGCCACGCUCGCCUGCGUCGACGCCGGAAUUCCCAUGACAGACUACGUCGCGGCCUGCACGGCCGGUUCGACGUCUACAUACGCGGCUAACGACGAGGGCGCCGACCCGCUGCUGGACAUGAACCACCAGGAGGAGCAGGAGCUGCCCGGCCUGACGGUGGCCACAUUAGGCGACAGCGACCGCGUGGCGGUGCUGGUCUGCGAGAGUAGAGUGCAGGUGAGUCGCCUGGAGGGCAUGUUGGCCGUGGGCGUGGACGGGUGUAAGCAGGUGAGGGAGAUCCUGGAUAGGGUAGUGAGGGAGAAGGGGAUAAAGAUGAUACAGGAGGGCACGGUCGAGAGAGGGGUUGGGUUGAAUGAUAUGGAACUGGAUUGAAUGCAUACUACUGGAUCAAUGG